AUGAGAUUGCCGCCAAUAGUUUCGUACUACAUCCGGUACAGCUGGCAAUUUUUCAAGAGCCUAUUGCGAGCCUUCGGAUAUGUUUUCCUGCUUACUUUACCCUUCUCAGGGUUUACUAUCUUCAUCAAUUUCAUCAGAGGAUUCGUUCUUGGUAAAUGGUUUCAUGAAUACCAGGCGGAGCAGCCGCGCUUGUUCGCGGAGAAUAUGAUCACCUUCGAGACACUUGAAUGGUUCAAAGAGCCAUAUGGCGAGAACUAUCUUCAUAGCAUGCGAGCUCCAUAUCACAUCCCGAGGCUGUAUAAUCCUCUCACCUGGACUCAAGAUGUCGGAAGCAGGAGGCACCAAGAUUGGAAAGGGACCAACGUUCUAGUUGUUGCAUAUCUCAAUGCUCUAUAUCGAGAGAGGUCUUGGUAUUCAUCAGGAUGGCAUCAUUGGAUCUACCUCUCGGCAAAUGAGGCGCCAUUGAGCGAACCCUGGAAUGAGGACCCCUGGGAUAAGGCCUUUCUCGAGUUGUUGCAACAUAGAGAUAUGUAUGAGGACGAGGAGAGAUGGAACUUCAACUACAUCACAUGUCCACAAAGUUACCUCUGCUCGUUAUGGAGAGUCGAUGGGCCAGCGCUGAUUCAUCUUACCAACGAGCCGCUCGAGCAGAAACCGACCCAAGAACAGUCACGCACGCCCAUCCUUGAUCCUGUGCACGUGCGAAUCUUCGAUCUUCCUCUCAACGAAUCGGUUAUCCCUGGGAGGUUUCCCACACGCUUCGAGCAAAUGCGAUCAAUCACAGCAAGCAAUUCGACGUAUUGGAUGAAGAAGGGGAAAUACUCCGAAUAUGAUCGACUCCGUCGACAAAGCGACAAACUUCUCACAGAUCUCGAAGAUAAAUACCCAAAAACAUUGGGCAUGCUGGCACAGGCCGAAGAUAAAUGGACCAGGUUCACCGGUGCAGACACGACGUAUCUCAUCCACUAUAGCCAAACUGCCGGGUCCCUUGCUGGAUAUUAUGCCGGCCGUAAGGGCGCAGAUUACUUGGACAGACUUCAGACUUGGUGGAGACGAUACAAAUAUACACAGUCGCCACAAGGGAAGGAGAAAGAGCCAUCAGGGCCGGAUCCUGUCGCGCAGGAGCUCCAGGGCUUUUUGGACGCUAUGAGCGAAGAGGAUAAAGAGGCAUGGGGUAAAACCUAUGCAGGCGGCAUAAUAUUGGAUAAGAUUCAAAAGGGGUUGGAGAAGAAGGAUUGGGAUGGGAGGGAUGAUAUUCUUGCGGAUAUCGAGAAGGCUUUAGGCCCUGAGGACAUUGAAAACUAA